UCGCUAACCUCCGAUCGGUUUUCGAGGGAUGAAUAAAUUUUCAUGAGAGCUCCAAGAGAUCCGAUAGGAUUCUCAAGCCAGCCCCAAGAACGACUUAGAAGUGAACAUGGUCUCAGGAAUUCUAAGCCUCCCCUCUCAAACUUUGAAACUCAAACUUCCCCGUCUCACUCAUUGGAAGGCAAAGACGACCAUGACGAUGAUGAAGAAGAAGAGCCUACUCAAAAGUGGUACAAAACGUCGACCAUCAUCUCAGCUGGAGUUCGUCCCCCACUGACAGGAAAAUGGAUGGCAAGAUUUUAAACCAGAGGGCCCUCACGAUUCGUUCUCCGGUUAAAUUGAGCAAAAACAUAGCCCAAGUGGGAAGACCCAAUCUGAAGCCCAGUUUUAGAAGAGUCCUGGAGUGGUAGAGAUGGUGGUGCUGCAAUAGUAGUAGUAGUAGCAGUAGUGGUAGUUGUAGAGACAACUCAAGAGAGAAGCAACAGCCGAAAUUGAGUUAGUUUGGAGGAGAAGAGCGAACACCGCACGGGGAGAGAGACGACGAAAAGAGCACCACCACCACCACCAACAACCAUCCUUACUGCUAUGCUACAAUGGCAACGGCUACGUUCUCCACCACCACUACCGGCCACCAUCAGGGCAUUGCUACGUUCGACUGGUUCCUUGGAUAGAGAGUGAAGUCCAUUCAAAUCGCCUUUCCCACCAUGUUUUUUUGGUCUGAAUGUGCCUCGUGCCGUUGAUGAUUGGAUGUGUCAAUGAUGGCGAACACGCAACAGGCUCGAACUCGCAGACGACAAAACCAGACCUCGUCCCGAUCUUCUUGGGGCGGUAAUGAUAGCCUUGUGUCUCAUUAUCAAACAUGAGAACAGACGAGAAUCGCGGGGAGAAAAAUGAGUGUGGGAAAGUGACACGGAUCUGCUGCUGAAUGGGCAUCAUGGCCAAGAACUUCAGCUCGCCGCCCUCGGUACCUUGGGGAGUGGCCUUGAUUCUAAUCGGGGUGUGUGUAGUGACUUAUUGGAACUGCUUGACCUGUGAUUUCGUAUUCGAUGAUGUGAGUGCCAUCAAGGAGAAUCGGGAUUUGCGACCGUACUCUCCGUUAAUGAAUAUCUUUCGCCACGACUUCUGGGGAACACCUAUGGAUAAGGAACAAAGUCACAAGAGCUAUCGACCCAUCUGUGUGCUCUCGUUCCGGUUGAAUUAUCUAAUUCAUGCCUUGCAGCCCAUGGGCUACCAUCUAGUCAAUUUGAUUCUUCAUGCCGUGGUCUGCGUGCUAUAUUACCGACUGUCUCGCGUGUUUGUCGGCUCGAAAGUGAGUCUAAUUGCCUCCAUAUUAUUUGCGGUUCAUCCCGUUCACACUGAGGCCGUGACGGGUGUGGUGGGGAGAGCUGAACUACUCAGCUCGAUCUUUUUUAUCCUGGCCAUUCUCUCGUAUCGAGAGUCUGUCGCUGGUGGAUGGAUUGCUCAAUGCAAGUUUGUGAUCUACGUCUCCCUAGCCAUGUUCAGCAAAGAGCAAGGGAUCACGGUUUUGGGAGUUUGCUUUGCAUAUGAAGUGUUCAUGGUUCAAGGCUUUGACUUCGAGAAUCCCAAACAGAUUCUUCAAGAUGCUUUGAAGUCUCGAAGGGGCCACCAAAUUUACGCAUGGCGAGGCUUGACUAUAAGAACGAUGCUCUUGACGACCACAGGGUUGGCCCUUUUGACAGCCCGAUUCUACGUGAUGGGUUCAACUUUGCCGAUAUUCACGAAUUUCGACAAUCCGGCUUCGUAUGAAGAGGCUCCGAUCAAGCACAUGACGUUGAGCUAUCUGAUUGCGGUGAACACUUGGCUCUUACUUAGUCCCGUUGACCUCUGUUGUGAUUGGACCAUGGGGACGAUCCCCCUGAUUAAGUCUUUUGGCGACUACAGAAAUCUAGCCACUCUUGUUACUUUUGUUACCCUGGGCCAUUUGGGCCUUGUGGGACUGUUUAGCGCGAAUCGAAAGCAUCGAAAUGCAAUUCUAAUGGGAAUGAGCCUUCUGGCUUUGCCCUUCCUGCCUGCCUCCAACUUGUUCUUCCCCGUUGGAUUCGUCGUGGCUGAAAGAAUCCUCUACAUACCAUCCAUGGGAUUUUGCCUUCUGGUAGCGCAAGGUUACCAUCUACUCUACCUUUCGUUUCCGAGUCAGAAAACUCUUCUCAAUGUAGGGCUUUCCUGUCUUCUUCUCACCCACGGUGUCAAGUCAUUUCUCCGGAAUUACGAUUGGAGUGAUGAAACCUCAGUCUUUGUGUCCGGACUCAAAGUCAAUCGAAACAAUGCAAAGCUAUUCAACAACGUGGGACACGCUCUGGAAGGUCAAAAAGACUACCCCCGAGCACUCACCUACUUUCUGGCGGCAACGAAAGUUCAGCCCGAUGACAUUGGAGCUCACAUCAAUGUGGGGAGGACGUGGAAUAAUUUGAAUGAAUACCAACGAGCCGAGGAUUCUUACCUGUUGGCCAAAUCGUUACUACCAAAGGCUCGACCUGGCCAACGAUACCAGACCAGAAUUGCCCCUCAGCAUCUCAGCGUGUUCCUUAACCUGGCAAAUCUGAUUUCGAAGGACAACACCCGAUUGGAAGAGGCUGACACCCUCUACAAACAGGCCAUAUCCAUGAGAUCAGAAUAAGUACAAGCUUACAUCAACCGUGGGGACGUUCUCAUCAAGAUGAAUCGCACCAAAGAGGCUCAAGAAGUCUAUGAGAAGGCACUUACCUAUGAAAACAAUAACCCCGAUCUGUAUUACAACCUCGGAGUGGUACUCAUUGAGCAAGGCAAACCCAAACAAGCCCUGGCUUACUUCGACAAAGCCAUUGAGUGCGAACCCGAGCAUAUUCAAGCUUUAAUGAACAGCGCCAUUCUUAUACAGGAGACUGGAUUAGUCAAACUCCGUCCCAUUGCUUACCAAAGGCUCUUCAGAGUAUUAAAGAAGCUCCCCAACAACGAUAGAGUGUACUUCAAUCUGGGCAUGCUCGCCAUGGAUGACGAGCAAUAUGCUAAUGCCGAGGACUGGUUCAAAAAGGCUGUCCAGCUCAAGCCCGACUUCAGGAGUGCCCUGUUCAAUUUGGCUCUCUUGUUGAAUGAACAAAAGCGGCCCCUAGAAGCGAUUCCCUAUCUCAAGGGCCUUCUCUCUCACUUCCCAGACCACAUCAAAGGCUUGAUCCUUUUGGGAGACAUAAACACCAAUCAUGUGAAAGAUUUUGAGGAAGCCGAACGUUGCUAUCAACGCAUUUUGGAGAUUGAUCCCAAUCACGUUCAAGCUCACCACAACCAGUGCGUGGUUUUAGUCGAGAAAGGAGAUUUGAUCAAGGCCAAACAGUGCUUACUGCAAGUCCAGCAAUUGGCACCGGAUCUUGAAUAUGUGGCUCGGCAUUUGGCCAUUGUUGAAAAUCGCCUCAAAAUUGUCACGAAGAAUCUUGAUUCGACAACUCUUCCCUCCACUCUCAACCCUUAGAAAUCCGUUGAACAAAUUUAGCUCCAUGAAACCCUGGCUGUCAGUAUCAAAACUCGAUGUUAUUCAACUCUACAUGUGUAUUAGUAGCUUUCAAUGCAAAACUGUUGUGUCGAUAUAUAAAUACUAUGGAAUAAAGGCGCACUCAUAAA